AUGAAGCUCGCUUUUGGUGCAGUCUUGUUUUACAGCGUCGUAACAGCGUAUAGUGUCACAAUUCACUGGUCUGUACCAAGUAUUACCAGUUUUAAUGUCGACAUUUAUACAACCACUGACGAUGGCAUUUAUCCUGUAAUAAUUUUUAUGACCGGUUUCGAAGGUCUCGUUCCGGCUUCGUUCUAUUCAAAUCUAUUAACAAAAAUUGCUGAUCAAAAAAUUAUUGUUAUCGCUGUAAGUCAAAUACAAAAUAUAACAGCUGAGUAUGUUGAGAAAAAAUUUACCCAAUUUAUGGUAUUUAUUACGAAUCCAACGAAGGGGGCGAAAAAAUUGUUUAAAAAUAAUCCACUAACAAAAACUGUCAUACCUGACAUUGAAAAUCAAUUAGCAUUUCUUGCACAUUCAGCUGGAUGUCAUGUACUCACCUUGUAUUUAACUAAACGCUGUGGUACAAAAAAUGCUCAAGUAAAGCUUUUUGUUAUGAUGGAUCCCGUUGAUGGGUACGUCACUCAUCCUCCCGCAAAGUUAUCAUUCAAUACGUCUGUAUUGAUAAUGAGUACUGGCCUGGAUGCCAGAGCUGCGUACCCUGGAGAACCAGCAUGCGCACCCGACAGUAUGAGCAAUAAUCGAUUUUAUCAAUGUUUAUCAGGACCAAAAUGGCUAUUAAAUUUUACUAAUUAUGGCCAUGCUGAUAUGCUUGAUGAGCCGGCAAGAGUUGGCAAUAAUAUUAUUUGUUCAACAUGUUCACAGUUGCCUAUUGCGACUACGUGCAACUAUGAAAAAUUUAGACAAGAUGAAGCAAAUGCUAUUGUUAAUUUUACACAAGGGAUUUUGAAUGGUAUCAAUGGACAGCAACAAUUACAGUUCCUUCAACAACCACAACUCUAUUUCAGUAGUCGUGUAACAAUAAAACCGAAUAUACAAGAAGUCAAACCAUCAAAUGGUUUUUGUCAGCAUUAUCCAUAA